GGAAGUCUUGUUUGCUUGKUUGCAUGUUGAAUAUUCAUAAAUACAUAAUGGGGACUUAUAAGAUAAGUAUAAUCUAUAGCAGUGUUUGAGAGGCAGUAGCCUAAUGGUGAUUUCAAUUGUGUACUGACUACCCUUGUAUCAAUGUAGCAUCAAUGUAAUAAAGGACCCAUGGAUAUCUUUCCAAAAAUAGGAAAAUGUGCUCUGGAUAUUAUCUGCAAAACAUCAAUGGGUACAUCUGUCAAUGCACAAAAAGAUGGCAAUGUUAYAUAUGUUGAUGCAGUUACAAGGAUCAGUGAACUGGUUCAAGACAGGCAGAAAUAUGUUUGGUUGUAUCCUGAUCUGAUCUACAACCUUAUGCCRUCAGGACGGCAGCACAAAAAAUGCUUAGAGAUACUCCAUGGAUUUACUAACAGAGUAGAUUGCACGAUGUUUGACUUUGAAUCUGGAUCACUUGAUGGAUGGACAAAAAAAGGAACAGCAUUCAACAAUCAACCAACCUACGGUGAUAAUCCUACAGCGAAAAAAAGAGGGCAGCCAUCCAAUCACAGAGGAAGUUGGUGGAUUGGAGGAUAUGAAAAAAACCCCAGUUCCUCUCAUCCAGCUGGUCAAACCCAAGGGGACGGACCAACAAAAAAAAUGACGUCACCAGCCUUUACCAUCAGGGGAUCCAAGAUCAAGUUUCUAAAAAAAAGAGAAAAAGCAUUAAAAAAAACAAGCUACAGAGGACAAACAGCACAGAUACGAAUUGUUGAUAGUUCGAAAAAAAGCUGGGGUCAUAUCAACGUAGACCAUAUCCACGAUACUAUUUGUAGAGAAAAAAACUACAAAUCAUUAAAACAAUAUGAAGCAAAAGCCGUCUAG